UGAAGAUGGAGGAGCCAUGGUGGAGAGGAGACCUUGCAGCAGAGAUUCAUCAGACUCUGAGGCUGAAGGAGCUGAAACUGCCUGUGUACAAGGCCCAUUCUUCACAAAUGGGGAUGCGGCGUUAUUUGGCUGACCUCUUGACCAUCCUCAGCAGCCGCUGCCAACUGUGUCCAACGGCCCGGCACCUCGCAGUCUACUUGCUGGACCUCUUUAUGGACCGCUAUGAUGUUGCUGUCAAACAACUCUGUGUCAUUUCAGUUGCUUGCCUCCUUCUUGCAAGCAAAUUUGAAGAAAAAGAAGACAGAGUGCCAAAGCUGGAGCAGCUGAACAGCUUUGCUUCCUUGUUCUGCCUCAACCCGGUGCUUACGAAAAAAGACCUGUUGAAGAUGGAACUGCUGCUCUUGGAAAGUUUCAACUGGAAUCUCUGCCUGCCAACGCCAGCACACUACAUUGACUACUACCUCUUGGCCUCUGUUAGCGAGACUGACCUACACAACGGCUGGCCUAUUACAUCCGUAACCAAAGUCAGAGUUUUCAUGGAGAAAUAUGCUCACUAUUUCCUGAAAGUCUCCCUGCAAGAUCACAUUUUCCUCUCCUUCCAGCCUUCCCUGGUGGCUGCUGCUUGUGUGGGUGCCUCCCGUAUCUGCCUUGAGAUAUCUCCAUCUUGGACCACACAGCUCGAAGUGCUGACGUGUUAUUCCUGGGAGAAUCUUGCUACGUGCAUAGAAAUGAUGCUCAUAGCUCACAACAAGGACAUCAAAGAAGCCAGUAAGGAUCAAAUGACACUCCUACAGCAGCAGCAAGUCAUGGAAAGCUUAGUCCUGCAGACCCCCACGCAAGUCCUCUUUCAGCAGUCGAGACAUCACCCCAUGACACAGCACUCAGCACUCCUCUCGCAGUUCCACUCUCCAAUACAGGAUCUGUGCUCUGCUUACCGAGACUCUUUACAAGCUCCACGACCUAGUGACCUUGCUUUGGGGAAUGCCAGUGAUUCACUGUGCUCCUUCUCCACCUUAUCCGCCAGUUUUCAGCCUGUUGCGCAAACCGUAUCAAUUCAAGGGCCUGUUACUAUGCAGGUUGCCAUUUCCACAGAGCCUAGGCACUGCCUCUCUCUGACAUAUGGCAGCAGUUACUUCAGCAAGCAUCAUUCAUAUGCAGCCGGUUGUUUUGAUGGCUGAAAGGUAGCAAGGGGAAUUCGUCUUCCAUACCACUGAGGUUCUGCUUCCCAUGCGCACACCAGGUGCACCUACCACAUAACGAGAGUUCCAUCCUAAAACUGCUUUGCUGGAGCUGAACCAGCCUAUCAGCAAAGCUGGGUUUUGCUUUUAAAGUUCAAAAUGUGGAUGCCACUCCUGCAAGAAUUAACUUGGCAGGAGCAAUCCUUAUGAAAAGAAGUGCAACACUAUACCUCACUACUGUUUCAACAUGGCUUCAUUAGAUAUUGGUGGAUGGAUGGAUAACAUAAUUUUCCUUUUAUGAUCCUUCCAUACAAGAGGCUUCUAUGUACUAGGAAGAACUCUUGAGUUAUACAAUGGUUCUUUUGGAUAAGGAAACAUGGGGAAAUUUCUGAUUAUCAUUCAGUGUUCUUGUUAUAAGAUGGUGGCAGUUCUUAACACUGGAACCUGUUGUAGAUACCU